CUUCCAAACGCACAUAUUGCUUCAACCAUGAUCAACCUCUCGUUCCCGCAAGUGAUCGUCGUGCCGCCGCUCCUCAUCAUCUUGGGUGCGGUGACUCUUCUCAACUUUAAGAACCUCUUCCUCGCGAUCACCAACUAUGCGACUGCUCGGACUUCCAACGAAAUCGUCAAGACCGUCAAACCAGCCUUGGUGUACGUGAAGAACUUCCUCGAAGCCGUGGUCGGGAAAGCGUCGUCGUUUUCGUUCAAGUUGGAGCACAUCCUCCUCGUGGCGAUCAUCUUUGCGUUGUUUGCGGUCGCGAAUGAGAUUUCUAUCGGCAACGACUUGAAGGAGAAGGAACUCAAGCUUCUGCGCGCCCAAGCCAAGGCGAACGACAACAAGAAGAAGGACUAGUCGAUGGAUGAUGUGUCGACGCUGCCAGGUCUCUGCCGUUGUGCGGUGCUGUGCAUGUCCCACGACCUACUGCCGUCAUACUACGUGUAACUAUUAAAUACUCACCAGCAAAGAUCGCGUUGUUGGCCAUUACACUGCGAUGAACUGGUCACUACGAAAUAUCGCUCCA